AUGGCGGCACGUCGAGCUCUCCGGAGCUGCACCGCCCGCUCCUUUCGUCCAUCCACACAAUUCGCCGCCCAAACAUGCCGCCGCACCUUCGCCGCGAGCGCCGUCAGAUGCGCCACGACGCCCACCGGGAACCGCGAGACGCACUUUGGCUACGAGACGGUCACCGAGGCCGAGAAGCAGCAGCGCGUCGCCGGCGUCUUCAGCAGCGUCGCCGAGUCGUAUGACCGCAUGAACGACUUUAUGUCCCUAGGAAUCCACCGCCUGUGGAAGGACCACUUCGUCUCCUCGCUCAACCCCGGCGCGACCAACCCUCCCGGCCGCCCGCAGCGCAUCCUCGACGUCGCCGGCGGCACCGGCGACAUCGCCUUCCGCAUGCUCCAGCGCGCCCACGAGUACAACGGCAACCCCAACGUGCACGUCACCAUCUCCGACAUCAACCCCUCCAUGCUCGCCGUCGGCCGCCAGCGCUCCCUCUCCCUGCCCGCCUCCCACCAGUCCUCCCUCUCCUUCCUCGAGGCCAACGCCGAGGUCCUCCCCGCCGCCAUCGAGGACAACUCGCUCGACCUCUACACCGUCGCCUUUGGCAUCCGCAACUUCUCCAAUAUCCCCGCCGCCCUGCGCGAGGCGCACCGCGUCCUCAAGCCCGGCGGCGUCUUCGCCUGCCUCGAGUUCUCAAAGGUCGACAAGUACCCCCUUUUCAAUGCCAUUUACAAGCAGUGGUCGUUCAGCGCCAUCCCUCUCAUCGGCCAACUCGUCGCUGCCGACCGCGACAGCUACCAGUACCUGGUGGAGAGCAUCGAACGCUUCCCCAGUCAGGAGGAUUUCAGGGACAUGAUCAAGGAAGCCGGCUUUGAUGUGGCCGGUCAGGGCUACGAAGACCUGACGGGGGGCAUUGCCGCCAUUCACCGAGGCAUCAAGCCUUUGUAG